CUGAAUGGACCUCUUCAAGGUCCUCCACGAGUCACUGUCGUCUUGAAUCUUAUCCUCUAGCUCUACUGCGGCUCGAUCCGAAGGCUCUGCUCAAAAAAUCUGCUGGGACAAACCUGACUACGAGUUCUAGCUACAAUGUCGGCGGCCGGACGGAAGCCGAAUGUGCUAGAGCAGAAGAUACAUCAAGCUGCUCUUGCAGACCCGAAAAAGAGCAUCACGCCGAAAGAAUGUGAGACCCUCAUACCCGACUCCAAAGGGCGGAUGGACGCGAUCAAUUUCUUGCUCUCCACGGGUCUCCUGAAGGCGAUGAAGGACCCAAAGGGCAACGUGUUAUUUCGGGCCGUCAUGAAGAAGGAGAUGGAAGUGAAGAAGGACAUGAGUGGCGAGGAGAGUAUGGUUUUAAGUCAUAUUCAAGCAUCUGCUAACGAAGGCAUAUGGACGAAGCAUCUCAAAGCAAAGACCGAGCUCCAUCAGACCGUCAUUGAUCGAUGCCUCAAGUCGCUCACGCAGAAACAGCUUAUCAAGGCCGUCAAGUCUGUGAAGUAUCCAACGCGCAAGAUUUACAUGCUGUAUCACCUUGAUCCAUCUGUGGAGAUGACAGGCGGACCUUGGUACACCGAUAACGAACUCGACACCGAGUUCAUCAAACUGUUGUGCAGCGCUUGCUUGCGCUUCGUCCGUGAUCGCAGUCUUCCGAAGUCCUCCAGCUCGUCCGCGCCGAACGGCACGCCCCUCUAUCCGAUUGGUGCGGCACCCGCAUAUCCAACAGCCGCGCAAGUCCUGAACUUCCUCCGCAAGAGUCGGAUCACGGAGACGACGCUCGAGGUUGAGCACGCCGAGAUGCUUCUGGGCGUACUCGUCUUAGACGGAGAGCUAGAACGCCUCCCUGCUUUCGGUGCAGCGAUGUGGGAGAGCAGCGUACAAGCUACCAUGGGAGAUGGUAGUGAUGACGACACCCGUUCGAGCAGCAGCAAGAAGCGCAAACGGAAGGACAAGGAUCGCGAUAGUUCGUCGCGCAAGCGGAAACGCUCCAAACGUAGCCGCUCAGACACGGAGUCUGACUCAGAAGACUCAGAUUCGGAAGACGAUCGUAGGUCGAAAUCUAAGAGCAAGUCGAAAUCCAAGAGCAAGAGCAAGAAGUCCAAGAGCAAGAGGCGGAGCAAGGACGACAAAGACGAGAGCGGCAGUGACAGCGAAAGCAAGAGUGAGGAGCGGAAACGGAAGAAGAAAAAGCAAAGGCGGAGCAAAGACGACAGUGAUGACGAUAGUGCGGAGGACAACAAGCGCAAGAAGAAGAGCAAAUCGAAGAGCAAGAAACGGAAGUCACACUCAUCCGACGAGGACAGCGAUAGCCAGUCCGACUCGGAAUCGUCGCGCACCGUGUCGUCCGACGAUGAUUCUGACGCACGCCCACGCUCCAAGUCGACGUCAAAGAACAAGUCGAAACGCUCGUCCUCUCCCGCCGCACAGUUUUCCGCCUUCGACGUGGGAGAGGCAGAGUACGGCGCACACGUGUACCGCGCGGUCCGCCAGGAACUAGCGAGCGGACUCGGCAUGGGGCAGGCACCAUGUACGCGGUGUCCGACAUUCGACUUCUGCAAGCCGGGUGGGCCCGUGAGCCCGAGGGAGUGUGUAUAUUAUGGGGAGUGGCUCGGUGUUGCGCCAGGUGGGACGGAGAGGGAAGACAAGGAGAAGCGUUUAGACAAGGAUGAUCAAAGCACGGUUAUGGAUUUCUGAAGCGAUUUAGCACAAGCAUGAGGUACAGUAUGUCCUUCUAGGAGUUCGUAAUACACCGCGUCGCGACAUGUCAUUGAGUGUCCGGACCCUCUGAUGUCCUUCGAGCUUAGAUCUAACAGUGCUCAUAGUACUCAGUGCUGGA